AUGGUGUCUCAUUUAAACUUUUUAUUAAUUAAAAAGGAAUCUUUAAAAAGUAAUAAAAUUAGAAUAUUUUUUAUUAGAAUAUUUAUGGAUUUAGCAAUAUAAGAUUUACAAGAAAAUUGGAAUGAGGUUAAAUAAUUAUUUAAUAUCGCAAAUUAAAAUAUUCGAAGAAUUAAACUUAAGUAAACAUUUAUUGAGAGUCAUCUUUUCUUAUGGUUUUGAAAGAUCAUCAAUUAUUUAAUAAAAGGAUAUUAAAUCAAUCAUUAUUGGUAAAGAUGUAUUGGCAUAAGUCUAAUCAGAUAUAAACUUAAAUAUCAUAUUAUUUUAACAGGAACUGGAAAUACAGGUACAUUCACUGUUGGUGCCUUAUAAAGAAUAGAUCAAAAUUAAAGAAAGACAUAAGUCAUAAUAUUAGCACCAGUUAGAGAAUGGGCUUAAUAAAUAUAUGAUAUAGUCAAAGGAAUUGGAAAAUAUAUACAUAUUGAAUAAGUUGUGUAUUUUUGGACAAUAAGUUUAAGAAACUAAAGAAAAAUGUAAAUAAGGUGUAUAUAUUAUUCAAGAAAGAUUAAUUAAUUUGAUGAAAAACAAAUAUUUAGAUGCAAAUUUUAUGAAAUUACUUGUUGUUGAUGAAGCUGAUUAAAUUUUAUAUUCAGAAUAGUUGGAAGAGCUGAUAUAUAUGAUAGAAAAGGAGUUGCAAUUAAUAUUCAAGAAGAAACUAAUCUUUUGUUAGAAAAUGGAAAAUAUUAUAACAUUAAAAUUGAUGAAAUACCUAAAAAUUCAGCUGAAGUUUAAAAGGAAUUAAGAUGAGAAAUCAGUAUAUAUUAAUCUAAAGUAAAUAUUUAUUAUAUUGAACCUUAAUUAUAUUUUUCGUAAUUUUUUUAAUUUUUAUUAAAAAAAAUAUGGAAUCAAAUAAAAAAAAAAAAUUAGAAAGUUUAUAUAUACUAUCAUAUUCUUAAAUGAGAGAGAAUAAUUUAAUCAAUGUAAAAAAUAAUUUCUUCUCUUGAGAUUAAUCCACAGUAAAAAUUUUUGCAUUCUCCAACCCUCCAAAAUAUUACCUUCUCUGACAAUAAUCAAUAAUUUAUUAAAAAGGUAUAAAUUACCUCAUCAGAAUAAAAUUCUCAUGAUAGCUUAAAUUAUCCUAUUAUAGUUCUAAUUAUAUGCAUUCUUAUGCUAAUUUUUGUACUUGGGAUAAUUUUAGAGGUUUAAAGAAGGAAAAAACUUAAAAAAGAUAUAGAAUAGAAACUACUCUAAGAAAAACUGUGUUCAAUUCAAAACAAUAAAGUUAAAAUUAAUUAGAUCUAUGAUUCUGUUAAAAACUCUUGCUGGAUUCUCCAAAGAAUUAAUAAUUAAAAAUGCAGCACUAAAAUACUGAAAUUCAAAAUAAUUUAAGCUGAUCAUAAUAAAUUAGAAUUACAAAUUACUCAAGAUAACUAAUAAGAAGCAUGGACUGCUGAAGGGAAUAUUCUUAUAUCAUCUAAUUAAGAAAUAAUAAUUCAUUUAAGAACUUCUCUCGAUUCUGAUUUAUUUUAGAAAAAAGACUCAAUUGAUUAUUUAUAUUUGCUAUAGCAAUAUUAAGGAACAUUUUUAUAAUAAGAAAAUAAAUUUGAAGGAUCAUGGAAAGUCUAUGGAAGUUUAGGAUUAAAUAACUAAAAUUUAUCUGGAUCAUUUGAACUUUAGAAAGUGACUUUAUGA